GUGUGUGUGUGUGUGUGUGUGUGUGUGUGUGUGUGUGUGUGUGUGUGUGUGUGUGUGUGUGUGUGUGUGUGUGUGUGUGUGUGUGUGUGUGUGUGUGUGACCAAAUUUAAUCUUGUUCUGUGUCAUGCAUAAUGUUCAGUGUUAUGAUAGGCACACGCACUAAGAUGGACAUUUUCAGGCGGUGAGUCGGUGACUGUGGUGAGGUUCCAGACGGAGGAAUUAGCCACCACAGAGGCCCUUCUGGACGCACUCCCCGGGGUCAUGCCCAACACCUCCCAGGUGACAGUGUGUGUCAGGUGCCGACUGCUGCACGCUGCAGAGAGCGACUCCCCAAUCAUCAGUUACUUCGCUGACGAUUUCGACAAAGAACUUCAUGUAGCCGUGAACUGGGUGGAUCAGAAGGUGGAGAUUGGUUGCUGCAAGUACCGACUCUUUAUGGAGGUACCAGUCCCGGUGGUGCUCUUCACGUGGAUCCAUUUCUGCCUCGCACUGGAUCUCCCCAGCCGCAAGUAUUGGUUCCUCUACGACGAUAUAUUCAAGGAGGGAGCGCUGGAGGUGGAGGACUCAAGCACACUACAGAUUGCUGGUGGCGGGCGACUGGUGGUAGCCCAAGACCUGGAUUUCUUUGUGGACAGCUUUGACAUUCGUCAGAGCGUUCAUGGAGACCUGGCACAUCUCUUAGUAUUUUCUCAUGCACUUCCUUCCUCUAGCCUCAGAGCCUUUGUCAGGUGUCAGCAGCUAAACACCACUUUUAGUCCAAUCAUCUAUUUCAACAUGAAUAUGUCUCUCUUUAAGGUGAGGGGUUCUGUAGAGGUCUCUGAGGCGCAGCUUAACUCACUCUGCCACAAAGAUUCCAGUAGUCGAGUUAUAAUACCAGAAAGAAUGAAUUUUCAGUCCUCAUACACAGUUUGCUCGAGACUGAAAGGAUCAAUAAUCGUUCCCAAUAGUAACGAUGAAAACACAGAAAUAUUCAACGAAUUCAAUAAAUUUAAUGCCCUGUGUACUAACGACUUUGGAACGCUAUUCUGGCUCGGUUUUAAGGGGGACCUGGAAUCUGGUAAGUGGCUGACAUUGACCUAUAAUCAGCCCUUAACCUGGAACAAACUGAUCAAAGGUUAUGAUAAAGUAAAAUUGGGACAGGUGUGUGCAAGUGUGGACAGCAUCACGCCGUCGUACGACUGGUAUGCCACACCUUGCCACACCGUGAUGUGUCCCAUAUGUAACUUCACAUCCACGCCCAUCUUCAGGGUACGCGGCCUAUGUGCAAACUCCAUCCUCGACAAAAUACUUUUUCUGAGAGAUUAUAAAAAUAAUAAACCGCAGUUUUCGGGGUCGUUUUAUACGGUCAUUUCUUGGGACACCGACAUCAUGACCUGGAAGCUGAGAAGUCGAGGCCACAGGAACCUCUCAGGCAGCAUGCAGAUCAUGGUACCAAAUGAAUAUCCUGUCGGUAUUCACAAGUGGACUGUAACAGGCGACAAGUGCAUGCAUAGUGAGAUGGAUAUGUUGAUAACUGCUUGUGGCGAGGGAGAAUAUACCUGUAGCGACGGCACGUGCAUCGGGAAGACCAAGAGAUGCGAUCUGGUCGCCGACUGCCCGGACAUGAGUGAUGAACUCAACUGUAACAUGGUACAAGUCCCCAAUGGCUACUCCGUGGAGAUGCCGCCCCCGAAGAAGAAAAAUGAGCCAGUUCCUAUUGAAAUCUUCGUCGAAAUCACUUCCAUAAGGGAAAUAGACAUUCUGAGCUUCAAGAUGGUGUUGGACAUCAUCCUCAGGAUGUUCUGGCGAGAUGGAAGACUGACAAUGAUAAACUUAAGAGAAGAUGCUAAUUCUAACAAAGUGCAGGAUCACAAAGUUAUAUGGGUGCCGGUGGUGCAGGUGGAGGACGGGGCCCGGAGUCUGGCGGACCUGACGCUCAGGUCCGAGUCCUUGGUGGUGCAGCGGGAGGCAAGUCCGCUCCCUGAUGAUCACACAAGACUUCUCGAAGACGAUAUCUACCUGGGCUCGGAGAACACGCUGGAGCUGCGGCAGAUGUACACGGUAGCCUUCACCUGCCAGUUCCUCCUGCAGCGUUACCCCUUCGACUCCCAGGAGUGCUCUAUUACAUUCAGCCUCGUCGAUCUCCCGCCCUCCUUUGUCCUCCUCCUUCAGGUGGGUACUACAUCAUCCAUGCUCAGAUAAAGGCCCUGAGUGAUC